CAUUUCUCCCUUGUUCUCCGGAUCUAGCUCGGAUUGCGAGAACGAGAAGAGAGAGAGAGAGAGCGCCUCCUCCCUUCUCCUUCUCCGGAUCUAGCUCGGACUACGAGAACGAGAAAAGAUAGAGAGAGCGCGCGCGCACGACAUGGGGCGGCCCGCCACGGUGUUCAUAUACGUGACCCUAGCUCUCCUAGUCCUCCUCGUUCUCCGUAGCCACCACUACCCCGGGCAUCGCAGACAUCUCCAACACCGUCGCCUCAAGCUCCGCUCCAAUUUCUCUUUUACAUCGCCUCCACCCGUUGGAGAACACCAUAUCCCGUUUGACCCUCUUAUUGCCGACAUCGAGCAGCGGCGUGAGGAUCGCGAGUGGGAGCGUAGCCACUUCAACAUUCCUUCCGCUCCUGGCGAGGAGGCCCAGCCCGAGUGGGAAGACUUCGUCGAUGCCGAGGACUACAUCAAUGACGAGGAUCGAUUCAAUGUCACCAGCCGGAUCGUCCUCCUCUUCCCUCGCAUCGAUGUGGAUCCCACCGAUGGGUUUGUGUCACUUCAAGAGCUUACGGAGUGGAAUCUACAGCAGUCAGCUAAGGAGGUGAUGCACCGGACCGGGAGGGAGAUGGAGAUGCACGACAAGAAUCGGGAUGGGUUCAUCUCAUUUGCGGAAUAUGAGCCGCCCAGCUGGUCUCGAAAUGACAACGCUACCUUUGGAUAUGAUAUGGGUUGGUGGAAGGAGGACCACUUUAAUGCUUCAGACAUGGAUGGGGAUGGUCUUUUGAAUAAAACUGAGUUUAAUGACUUCUUACAUCCAGCAGAUAGCGACAAUCCUAAGAUGAUUAAAUGGUUGUGUAAAGAAGAAUUAAGGGAAAGGGACAAAGACAGAGAUGGGAAGCUUAGUUUCCAAGAAUAUUUUAAUGGACUAUUUGACUCCUUACGUAAUAUUGAAGAAGUUUACAAUCACUCUGUUGCAUCAGAUGGAGCACUAUCUAAUAAAUUAUUCCAAGAGCUUGACAAGGACAAAGAUGGUUUCCUUAAUGAGGAUGAACUUAUGCCUGUAAUUGGUAAUCUUCAUCCUUCCGAACGUUACUAUGCUAAACAACAAGCUGAUUAUGUGAUAUCUCAGGCAGAUGCGGAUAAAGAUGCAAAACUAAGUUUGAAUGAAAUGAUAGAACACCCGUAUGUAUUUUACAGUUCUAUUUUUAAUGAUGAUGAUGAUGAUGAUGAUGAUUUGGACUUGCAUGAUGAAUUCCGCUAGAUCCUCUCAAGAUUAAAAGUUCACUGGCAACUAUCACGAGUUCAAAUGAUUGAUCAAUCUGAUUUCUUUGAUCAAUUGGGUGCUGUGUGCUGGGUCACCAGUUCUAGGCCAGCUGCAGUUAAUCCUGUGUAAUUUUCACGAAUUGCAACUUGGUUUAUAAUUUUAAUUGGGGCUGCUCAGCUGCUCAUUGCCUAAUCUCUCGCUAUGUCAUACUUAUCUAGUGUCCAAUAUAAUGUUACGUCACAAAAAAAAAAAAAAGACCAUAUCAGUUAAUGCUCUUUUUUCUUUGCAGGAAGUUCUCUUAAUUUAUUCCUUUGUUAACAAGUACUGUUAAAAUGGUCUUAAACAUCAAUGCUGUAGCGCAUAUUCGAGUUGUUUGUCAUGUGUUAAUUUAUAGGCAUUCUUUUAAAUUGUAAUUAGUAAGAUUAUCUUCCUUUUUAGUGUUUUCAGCUCUGAUUAAUGUCCAAGUGGUGAUAACGCUAUUGAAUGUUAUGAAGAAGGGUUGUAACAAUUGGAAUUAGGGGUUUAAACUA